UUUAAUUCCGUUCUCUUUUUUUCUUCUUCUCGGUUUUCACAUCUCAAGAUUAGAUGACUUCAGUCAACACUUUUCUAAUCCAUUUUUGUUUCAGUAAUUCCAUCCAAUUCUAAAUUUUCCCAAAACUUUGCCCUAAUUUUUCAAAUCAAAAUCAGGGUUUUCAAAAUACUGAAAUUCAUGGAUUCUAUAUUAGGGUUUUUAUUAUUAAUUUAGAUUUGAGAUUUGUAGUGGUGGGAUUAUUUAGUGAUCGAUGGAUACGGAUUUAAAAAUCCCUAAUAUUUGCACAAUCAACACAUUGAAGGAUAGCUUAGAUACAGAGAAAAUUGAAGCAGAAGAAGCAGAGGAAGAAGAAGAAGAUGAGGAUGAGAAAGAUGAAUCGAGUUCUUUGUUAUCACCAAGAAAGGGUGGAAUUUCAAAGAAAAGGUCUAAGAAAACCCGGAGAAAAGUACAGUGGAAUGAUAAGGACGGAGAUAAUCUUGUAGAGAUUUUGGAAUUUCAACCUAGUGAUUCGAGUGAUACUGAUGAGGAAGAUUCAGAUUCAUGCAUCUGUACAAUAAUGUAGAUCUUAUACAAGUUCACCAAAUUAAUGGCAGGAUAUAGUGCUGGCUUUGGACAAGCAACUGAAUCCUCAAUUCCCCAAUUUUAUUUUGUAUUUUCUUAUUUUCUUUUUCUACAAUUUUAUAUAUUCUUACUUGUACUUUAGCUGAUGCACGUCUGUUGCUCCCUCUGUGUUGAGAUUAAGAGGCAACACUGUUUAAGGAUUAAUUCCUUAUCAUGUAAAUCGUCCUAUAAAAAUGACUUGGUUUUGAAUAAUUUAACCUUAUAGAUGAUUGAAAUUUUAAGCUUUCUCA